CGGCAGGUACGGGACCGGCGCUGCGCCCCGCUGCCCCCCGACAGGCUGCACUGGGGCUUUCGGCGGGGUUUCGCCUGUCGUUAUUUUUUUUCCCGGUGGAGCUGAUGAGCUGCGGGUCGUGCCCGCCCGUCCUCCCGUAACCUCGGUGCGGGGGGCUCUGAAGAGCCGGGGGUGCGGCGGCUCCGCUCCCCGUGCGGGGCCAGGGCCGUGCUGCGGGGGCACCUUCCCCGCGGGGUCGGCCAGCGCUGCCCGCCCCGCGUGUCCUCCGGGGCCCCUCGGUGCCGGCCGCAGCGCCGGGGGCCGGCGGCGUUUGCGGGGUAAUUCCGGGCGAGGGAAUUGCGGGACACGUGAGCGCGGCGGGGCCGCCCCCGCCCCGGGACCGCCCGGCGGGGCGGGCGCGGCAACAAAGGGCGGCGGGGACGGGAGGGAGGGCACCGGGGUCGGGCUGGCGCUGCUCGUGCGGCUCUCACCUCCCGCGCCGCUCUCUCCUGUCCCGCAGCCCCGGCGGCCAGGACCGCGCGGCAGCCGCGCCAGGGCCGGGCUGCGCCGGCCGCGCCGCAAAUGAAGUGCGAGAACUGCACCAAAAAGGAAUGCAGUAAAAAACAGAAAAAUGAUGAUACACAAAGUGCAUCUGUUGAUGCAUUGAGUUCAAAUGAUGGCUCUGAAGAGAAAAAUGAGUUUGAUACAUUGGCUAAUGCUAAAAUACUCCUUAGCGACUGCCUAGCUUGUGACAGUUGCAUGACAUUGGAAGAAGGAGCCAGAGUUUUCCAACAGAAUCAGAAGGAAUUCUUUCGUGUUCUCAACCUUAAUAAGAAAUGUGAUACCUCAAAACACAAAGUGUUGGCAGUGUCUCUAUGCCCUCAGUCAUUGCCUUAUUUUGCUGCUAAAUUCAGUCUCUCUGUGAAUGAAGCAGCCAAGAGACUCUGUGGUUUCCUCAAAAGUCUUGGGGUGCAUUAUGUGUUUGACACCACUAUAGCUGCAGAUUUCAGUAUCCUGGAGAGCCAGAGGGAAUUUGUGCAGCGCUACCAACGGAGGAACCAGGAGGAACAUGCCUUACCAAUGUUUGCCUCUGCUUGCCCUGGCUGGAUCCGUUAUGCUGAAAGGGUACUCACCAACCUGGUGACCUCUCACAUCUGCACUGCAAAGUCUCCUCAGCAGAUCAUGGGCUCCCUAGUGAAGGGCUACUUUGCCAGGCAGCAGAAUUUGUCUCCUGAUAAAAUUUUCCAUGUAGUCGUGGCACCUUGUUAUGACAAAAAGCUGGAAGCCUUGAGGGAAGAUUUCUACAAUGCCUUGUAUAAUUCAGCAGAAGUUGAUUGUGUCCUGACAUCAGGUGAAAUUGUCCAAAUAAUGGAACAGAAAAAUGUGUCAAUGAAAGAUGUGACUGAAGUAGCUGUAGAUAGUUUGUUUGAUGACUUAAAGGAGGGAGAUGUAGUGAGGCACGACGGGAAGAGAUCUGAUGGUUACCUGGAGCACAUUUUUAAACAUGCUGCAAAGGAGCUUUUUGGCGUGGAUGUCAAGGAGAUCACCUACAAAGCACUAAAGAACAAGGACUUUCAAGAAGUUACCCUUGAAAAGGAUGGGGAGACAGUGCUGCGUUUUGCUGCAGCUUAUGGCUUCAGAAAUAUCCAAAACAUGGUCCUGAAGCUGAAAAAAGGAAAGUUUUUCUACCAUUUUGUAGAAGUCCUUGCCUGCCCAGGAGGGUGCCUCAAUGGAAAGGGCCAAGCCCAGACUGAGGAUGGCAAACCAGACAGAGCCCUGCUUGCCCAGAUGGAAGAGGUGUACACUGCAAUUCCUGUCAGGCUGCCAGAAACCAACCUGCACGUGCAGAGGAUGUACCAGGACUGGCUGGAGGGCAUGGACUCCAGGAAGGUCCAGGACACUCUGCACACCACCUACAGUGCAGUAAAUCAAAGCACCAGCAGCUUGGACAUCAAAUGGUAACGCUGCAGAGCUGUGCUGGGCUGCAGGGCAGCACUGGAGCCCUCUGUGCAGGGAGGCUCUGCCCAGCUGGGGGCUCUUUUGGGAAGAAACAUUGCUUUGCAAAACCAGACAAGUCUCCAAAAGCCCUGGUUCCUGCCACUGUCAUUUAACUUUUACUGUUUGUCAUAUCCUGCAUUUCUUCAUUCUAAAGCCUGAUCUUGCAAGGUACAUAAACCCUUUCUGCCAGGGACAGGGAGUGGAAUUCCUGAUCCAGUUACUCCCUGAAGUGAAGGUUCACUGCACGAAAGGGGCUCCUCCAAGAGGGUGAGAUGAUUUUACUUCUAGGUCUGCAGUCCCUGUCAACACAGGAAAACAGUCAACAGGAAUUUCAGUAUUGAUGCAGGUGGUGUGAAGUAACUUGGGAUUUGCUUACCUUGGUAAGGAAAAGGCCCUUUUAAAGGACAAGUGAGUAUAUGGAGAGAUGUAAUGAAUUUUUAUAAGCCUUGUAUCCAUAACUCAGCAAAAAAUACUCCGUUCCAAACUAGCCACCAUUUUUUACUGAUGUAGUGUCCCAAUGCUUCACAGGAACUCAGUCUGGGAAGCUAAUGCUAAAUGGUUCAUUUAAAAUUGUUCCAAAUAAGUUGAUUGGUACAAAAAGAGAACUUUCUUCCCAUGUAACUUUUCUGCCAAGCUUGCAGCCAGGAGUAGUGGUGCUGCAUGCUUUGGCUUCUCUCUGAGAGUGGAACUUGCUCAGAUUGUUCUUUCAUUUGUCUCCAUGUUGAAAGACUUCUGCAAAAAAUAACUUCCUGGGGUGCCUCUGAGAAAAAAUACUGAGCAAUGCGUGUGAGCUCAUCAGAGUUACAAUAUGUUGGCAUCAUGAUUUUUGAUGCACUUAUUUUUAUAAAUAUGCUAUAGAGGUUCAUUUAACAGACAUUGUGAAGUGGUACUGCCAUUCAGCUUGUCUGCAACUUCCCCAGUUGUCCGAGAUUUAUUCAAGAAUGUGAUGGACAAAAGAAAUGGAGACUCCUGCCAGACUUCUUCAGAUUUUCCUGAUAGCAUCAGAUCUGUUCACAAUUAAUGGCUGUUUGAAGCUAGCAAAGUUCUAGCUUUCCUUAUGCAGCCUGAGUGUGGAUGGGCUUUUUUAACCAUUUCAUGCAGUUUGAAUCAAUCUUGCAAAUUUCUUCAAUAUUACAACUGCUUGUAUGAGUACGAAAUCCUGCAAAAACCUGUGAGUGUUUAAAAUGCACAUUUAACCUGGACACAGUGGAAUGGGAUGAAGCAUCAGGGGAGGCAAGGCAAGACCUGGCAUUGGCUAGACCAGGGAGGCUGAAAAGGAGAGAGACUGAAGUGUCACCCUGCUGACAAGAAACAGCUCUCUUAAUGUGAAGCUGUUAAAAGUUGCAGCUUUCCAUUGGACCUCUACCUAAAUAACAAACCACUGCACUUGGAGGGAGGUUUUCUUUCAAGUGCAAAUGAAUUUGAUUUACUGCACUACCUGAAUGCCCACAAUGAGAUUAUGCCCAUGAAUUAUAUAAAUUAGCCUUUGCAAGUUGUUCCUGGUGAUAAGAACCAUACUUACCAUGGUGCAAUAUCAGAACAUCGACAGAAAUCUACCUCUGUACAGAAAGGGAGUCCAGGAGUCGUGGGAAGAGCUGUGUGUGCUGGAACUGUGAUAGAUGUGUGCUGGAGAAAGGUGGGGGUGUUGUGUGACAUUUCAAACCAGAUUACUUUCAGAAGCAACAUCCACCUCCUUCAGUCUCAUUUUGUUCAUCUGUGAUUUCCUCCAAGAACUCCACCAGAAUUGUAAUGUAACAAAGUGGUCCUGUUCUGUUUGUAUAGGCCUGCUUCUCUGUAUAUAUGGUUUGUAGCUGGAUGCAUGUUUAAAUUAUAUCUCUGCUGCUCUUUGUA